AUGUCGAAUGAGGGAAAUGGCCUAGCGACUACAACAUGCUGUCUUCAUUGGUUUCAUUUUCCAUGCUUUGGUACCAAGAACACAGCUAAUCAUCACAAACAUGCUGAAAUAUCACCUCUUCGUAAGGCAGAAAUAUCACAGCUACCAGUUGCAAUUAAAGCAGAUAAUGCUAAACGAAAUGCACUUCCACCAGGCUUACGAUUUGAUCACAAACUGGAAAUGGUGCUACCCGAGGGAAUUAAUGAAAGUGAAAGUACAAAGGACCCACGUUCGAAGCGAACCAAAAUGUAUUCUGGAUAUUGCUUACGACCAUUUCCAGCUGCUCGAGGCAAUUAUGCCGUUGAUUACUCCAGAAAAACAAACAUUAAAUUACGAAAAGAGAUAUCGCAAGGUGAUCAGGAAGAUGCAUUUCUGCUGCAUAUCGUAGAAGGCUAUAGUUCAACAACGCUACCAACAAAACGUGCUGGUAACGGAACGCAAUCUUCAUCCGUCCACGAAUAUGAUGCACCACAGUUAAUUGUCGCUGAAAAUGAAAAAAUGUUUGUGGAAGAAAUGAUCGGUGAUCAAGUGGUUGUCAAAGAAAAGUGAGUAUUGAGAUAAUAAAAAUUGGUG